UCGUAUGUUGGCGUGGAUUUCUUUGGUCCAGUGAUGGUGAAGAUCGGGCGAAGCAACGUGAAGCGUUGGGUGGCACUAUUCACGUGCCUCACUAUAAGAGCUGUUCAUCUUGAAGUAGCAUUUAACUUAAAUACGCAGAGCUGCAUUAUGUGUUUUCGUCGAUUCGUCGACCGUCGUGGAGCGCCUUUGGAGGUUUACACUGAUAACGGUACCAACUUCCAAGGCGCCGAGAGGGUACUUAGACAGCAAGUCAAUAGCGGCCUAGCAGAGACGUUUACUAACGCCAAUACCCGUUGGUUCUUCAAUCCUCCCUCAGCGCCCCAUAUGGGCGGAGUAUGGGAGAGGAUGGUGAGGUCCAUCAAAACCGCGAUCAAUAGUAUUGAUACGGGGAAGAAGCUCGAUGAUGAGGGAUUCUCGACAUUGUUAGCCGAAGCGGAGAGCAUCGUCAACUCUAGACCAUUAACCUACCUUCCGUUGGAGACGGAAGCACAGGAAGCUUUGACGCCCAACCACUUCCUGCUCGGUAGUUCGAAUGGGAUCAAGCAGCCAACUGCGAGUCCCAUAAAUCAACGAGAAGCUAUCCUAAACAGCUGGAAUCAGAUUCGCCAUCAAUUAGACCUGUUCUGGCACCGGUGGCUUAAGGAGUAUCUUCCAACUAUAAGUCGCCGCACAAAGUGGUUUACCGAUACUAGACCGGUGGAAAUAGGGCAGUUGGUGCUAAUUGCAGAUGAAGGCAAAAGAAAUAGUUGGCUACGCGGACGUGUAAUUGAGAUUCGGACAGCCCCAGAUGGUCGAGUGAGACAAGCUACUGUUCAAACGACAACAGGGUUGCUGAGAAGACCAGUUUCUAAGCUGGCCAUUUUGGACGUGGAGUGUUCAGGUAAAACAGCGUCAGACACACUGUCUUACGGGGGCCGGGAUGUUGCCGCGAGUCCCGGAAUUGCUGGGCUCCCUGACGACUGCUAGAAACCACAUGGCCUGCCAAAGAGUAGACCAUGUAGGUGACAGGAAAGUUGAAGGUAGAAGAUGACAGAAAAUAAAGAAGUAGAAGAAGGUGGUCAAAAGUAAACAUAAACAAAAAUCAUAAAGACAAAAGAAAGAAUCGUGAACAUUGUGAGCUUUGGAAAUUAUAAUUAUUUAUCUAUAAAAGCUAGGAAGUAUUAGAAAAUUAGAAACUAUUGUUAGUAAAUUAUCAAAGUACAAAUUUAUCCCGCAUAGUUACCAAAAUCUACAAUUGAACUGUUUGAAUUCACAGAUUGUAAUUUCACUAGUUACCGUGAGAACAGAAGUUAACAUUGAAGCCUACACUGAAUUGUAAGAUAUAAAAAUGUAUAUUGAUUAUAUAUAACUAAAAGAAUAAAUAUUUCAGCUUUAGCAAUCGCUUAAAGAAAGUGUUCGCUUUUUCGUACGAACACUUCAAUAUCGGUAUGAUAUAGGAGUAGAUGCGUAACGUUUGCUGGAUUUCUAGCGACUGACUGGCUUAUGCCUACUUAGCCUGGAGUUAUACGAAUUCACUCGUUAGAGUUUUUUACUUCAAUUCUGAACAUAG